UCUGGACGAUGCCGACCUCAAACCACCAGCGCCAGCAACGACGUGCCGCGGCUCGCCGCGCCGCUGUUGCGACCGACGACGUGCCCGACGCCGUCCCGCGGCCGAAAGGAAGAGGCCCGCGCAACCACUUCUGGGACCCGCGGCCGCCGGGCGUGCGGCGGCACAACGAGUCGAACGAACCGAACCAGCGCAGAGCGGCGCGUCUCGCGAGCGCCCGCGGCCGCCACGCCGACGCCGUCCGCGGCCGACGGUGGUCGCGAAUCAACGCGGCGCGGUGCAACGAGGCCAAGUCCUUCCAGGCUCCCGCCAGCAGCGCCUCGUGGCGUGGGCUGCACGGCCCUUCGAGACGGCCCGGGGGGCGGUGAGAGACCUCUCCCGCCGGCAUGGCGCACUAUAUCACCCGUAGAGGCCUCUCUAUAGUCGCCUUUUGGCACCUCCUCUAUCCACUUCCCUGCCCCGUCGCCCUCCUGAGCUCUCCCUCCUUCGCUCCAGCCAUGCACAGGACGGCUGGACCAUUGGCCCGCGUGCCAGGCGUCCGGGACGGCCGGGUAUCGGCUCCGUACUUUGAGCCCUCUUGGGCCACCCUCGCGUCCACCGGCCGGCAGAGCACCGCUUGGGCGACUCAGACGGCCCGCCCGACCAGCGCGUUCGAUCGUGCCGCCCCCACAGCGUCAGUGGCGUGCGUGGGGUGGCAGGCGGCGUCAGCGCAGCCCCUCGUGGGGGUGCCCACCGCUCUCCUCUCACCGCUCCCCCCCGCCCGUGGCACCCCACACACUCGUCCCUCCUCAGGGGCGCAAGGCGGCACGGCACGUUCAGCGCUUGCCUUGGCCCACCUCGCCUUCACGCCCGCCACCGCGACCAAGGAGGUGGCCUCGGCGGCCCAGAUGAAGCCCGUGCGGCUCGUUUGGGAGCCGCAUGCCGUCCCUCUCUCGCCGGCGCUGCUCACCACGCCCAAGCCUACGCCGAGGAACCCGUCGCGCCCGUCGCUCACGAGCUGGUGGCUCGCAUCGACCGAGCCGUCCAGCUUUCUCACGCCCUGCCCACAAUCAAAUUCGAGACGACCAACAUCCGACCACAAAAAAGGCCCGCGCGUGCUGCGCGGGCCGGCGAGCGACUAGCGAGCCAACCUGCUAGU